UUUAAUUUGCCCCCUCAUAAAUAUCUUAAAGUUAAUUUCUUCAAAGGUUGUAUAAAUACACACGAAUACGUGAGGAACAACAUGGUGUUCUCUCAAUCAGCAAUAUCACGUGAGGAAGUUGAAGAAGCGAUGAGUAUUCAGGAGCUCAUUAAGAAACCACUCACUUCAGUUCCUCAACGUUACAUUCAACUACACAAUAAUGAACCUUCACUUCUCGCAGGUGAAACCUUUAGUCACGCACUCCCAACCAUCAACCUGAAAAAAUUGAUCCAUGGAGAAGAUAUAGAACUUGAGUUAGAAAAAUUGACCUCAGCUUGUAGGGAUUGGGGUUUCUUUCAGUUGGUGGAGCAUGGAAUAAGCUCAGUAGUGAUGAAAACACUUGAAGAUGAAGUUGAGGGAUUCUUCAUGCUCCCCAUGGAAGAAAAGAUGAAAUACAAGGUAAGGCCAGGUGAUGUUGAAGGCUACGGAACUGUGAUUCGAUCAGAGGAUCAAAAGCUUGAUUGGGGUGAUAGGUUAUUCAUGAAAAUCAACCCUCGUAGUAUUAGAAAUCCACAUCUUUUUCCCGAGCUCCCUUCAUCACUCAGGAAUAUCUUAGAGUUAUACAUUGAGGAAUUGCAAAACCUUGCAAUGAUACUUAUGGGGUUGCUAGGGAAAACCCUGAAGAUAGAGAAGAGAGAGUUGGAAGUGUUUGAGGAUGGGAUACAAAACAUGAGGAUGACAUACUACCCUCCAUGCCCUCAACCAGAGUUAGUUAUGGGCCUCUCUGCUCAUUCUGAUGCAACAGGAAUAACCAUUCUUAACCAAAUGAAUGGAGUGAAUGGGCUGCAAAUUAAGAAAGAUGGGGUUUGGAUUCCAGUGAACGUCAUCUCAGAAGCCCUUGUUGUCAACAUUGGGGACAUUAUAGAGAUUAUGAGCAAUGGGGCAUACAAAAGUGUUGAGCACAGGGCAACAGUGAAUUCAGAAAAGGAAAGGAUAUCCGUUGCUAUGUUCUUUCUCCCCAAGUUUCAAUCUGAGAUUGGACCUGCAGUUAGCCUCACAAACCCAGAACAUCCCCCGUUGUUCAAAAGGAUUGUAGUAGAGGAGUAUAUCAAAGAUUACUUCACUCAUAAUAAGUUGAAUGGAAAGUCCUACUUGGAGCAUAUGAGGAUCACAGACGAUGAAAAAUUUACCAACGCCUCUAUCUAGCACCUGCAACACACACACACAUAUAUAUAUAGUGAAGGGUUGCUAACUUGUUAUAUAGGUAUAUAUGUGUGUGUUGCACAAUGUCAGUGAAAGUAAAAUGUGUUGGGGAAUUAUUAUUGAUGAAUUAAUAUAUAUGUAAUAUGUUGUCAUACAUGCAUGUGUGCAUGAGUAUAAUAAUAAAAUUAAGUUUGGCUUAUUAUGUGUGCUA